AUGAUUUCCCUCGCGCACACGACUUGGAUCCCGUUACUUCCCACGAGCAGCUCUGUUCACAAUUUUCCCUUUCCGCAAAGUGACAGAACACAUCACCACCAUGUUCGCGUUUCCCUUCCAGCCAGUAAAAAGAAGAGGAGAAACAAAUGCAAAUGCACAGCCGCUGACUAUUCACAAUCAAAACCUCAGCAACACAGGAAAACUCGACAGCCCGGUGCCGAAAAAGAAGGCGUCGACCCAGUUGGGUUCCUCGCCAAACACGGCAUUACUCAUAAAGCUUUCGCUCAGUUCCUACGGGAAAGGCAUAAAGCAUUAAAGGACUUGAAGGACGAAAUUUUCAAUCGCCACCUCAAUCUCAUGGAGCUUGCCUCUGGGUUUGAGAUAUUGGGUAUGCAUCGCAAUGUCCAACAUCGUGUGGAUUUCAUGGAUUGGGCACCAGGUGCCCGCUACUGUGCUCUUGUCGGCGAUUUUAAUGAGUGGUCACCAACGGAAAAUAGUGCCAGAGAGGGUCAUUUUGGACAUGAUGAUUAUGGGUACUGGUUUAUUAUUCUUGAAGAUAAACUAAGAGAGGGAGAAGAACCCGAUAAACUGUACUUUCAACAGUACAGUUAUGUUGAUGAUUAUGAUAAAGGUGACAGUGGUGUUACAGUUGAAGAAAUAUUUAAAAAGGCAAAUGAUGAGUAUUGGGAACCUGGUGAAGAUCGUUUUAUAAAAUCACGCUAUGAAGUUGCAUCAAAGUUGUAUGAGCAGAUUUUUGGUCCUAAUGGGCCUCAAACGGAAGACGAACUGGAAGAAAUUCCAGAUCCAGAGACAAGAUACAAGACCUGGAAAGAGCAGCAUAAAGAUGAUCCACCAAGCAACUUACCACCUUGUGACGUGAUUGAUAAUGGAAAAGAAUACGACAUUUUCAAUAUUGUGGACGAUCCCGUCUGGAGAGAGAAAUUUCGUGCUAAGAAGCCUCCCAUUGCCUAUUGGUUGGAGACUCGAAAAGGACGGAAAGCAUGGUUAAAGAAGUACACUCCUGGCAUACCUCAUUUAAGCAAAUACAGGGUGUACUUCAACACUCCAACGGGGCCUUUGGAGCGAGUGCCUGCUUGGGCUACUUAUGUAAUUCCAGAUGCAGAUGGCAAGCAAGCUUUUGCAGUUCACUGGGAACCACCUCCAGAAACAGCCUACAAAUGGAAACACAAGCAUCCAAUAAAGCCAAAAUCUUUGCGCAUUUAUGAAUGUCAUGUUGGCAUAAGUGGACAAGAGCCUAGAGUUGCUAGUUUCAGUGACUUCACCAAGAAGGUUCUACCACAUGUAAAGGAAGCUGGAUACAAUGCAAUUCAAUUGAUUGGAGUUCUUGAGCACAAAGAUUAUUUCACUGUUGGUUAUAGAGUUACAAAUUUCUAUGCUGUUAGCAGCCGUUUUGGCACUCCUGAUGACUUCAAGCGUUUGGUGGAUGAAGCCCACGGACUUGGACUACUUGUCUUCUUAGAUAUGGUCCAUUCAUACGCUGCAGCCGAUGAAAUGGUUGGAUUAUCACUUUUUGAUGGAUCAAAUGAUUGCUACUUUCAUACGGGUAAAAGAGGUCACCAUAAAUUUUGGGGCACAAGAAUGUUCAAAUACGGAGAUCAUGAUGUGUUGCACUUUCUUCUUUCAAAUCUAAAUUGGUGGGUACUGGAAUACCAGAUUGAUGGUUUCCAUUUCCACUCUCUCCCAUCAAUGUUGUAUACACACAAUGGCUUUGCUUCUUUUACUGGUGACAUGGAGGAGUACUGUAAUCAGUAUGUUGACAAAGAUGCGUUGCUGUAUCUCAUAUUGGCAAAUGAGAUAUUGCAUGCUCUUCAUCCUAAUAUUAUCACGAUUGCUGAAGAUGCCACACUUUAUCCUGGACUUUGUGAGCCAACUUCUCAAGGUGGUUUGGGAUUUGAUUACUUUGUUAAUCUCUCUGCAUCAGAGAUGUGGUUGUCAUUUCUUGAAAAUGUUCCAGACCAUGAAUGGAGUAUGAGUAAGCUCAUCAACACCUUAAUCGGCGAAAGAAUCAAUGCGGAUAAGAUGCUUUUGUAUGCAGAAAAUCACAACCAGUCCAUAUCUGGGGGCCGGUCAUUUGCUGAAAUCCUGUUUGGUUCUUCGAACACAGAAGAGUCAUUAUUAAGAGGUUGUUCAUUGCACAAGAUGAUCAGAUUAAUUACUUUUACAAUUGGUGGCCCAGCAUACCUCAAUUUCAUGGGAAAUGAAUUUGGGCACCCCAAGGGAGUUGAGUUCCCAAUGUCAAGCAAUGGUUUCUCAUAUUCACUUGCUAAUCGCCACUGGGAUCUUUUGGAAAAUGAUGGCCUGCACAGCAGAUUGUUUGCUUUUGAUAAGGAUAUGAUGAAAUUGGAUUCAAAUGAAAGAAUACUCUUAAGAGGUUCAAGAGGGCUUCCCAGUAUUCACCACGUAAACGACUCUACAAUGGUGAUAUCUUAUAUAAGAGGUCCCUUUCUCUUGGUGUUCAAUUUUCAUCCAGAAAAUUCGUAUGAAAGAUAUAAUGUGGGUGUUGAAGAAGCUGGAGAGUAUCAAAUCGUAAUGAAUACGGAUGAAAAGAUGUAUGGAGGUCAAGGUUUAAUUGGUCAUGACCAGUAUGUUCAAAGAACCAUCAGUAGAAGAAUUGAUGGUGUAAGAUUUUGUUUGGAAGUUCCAUUGCCAAGUAGAACUGCUCAGGUCUACAAGUUGACACGUAUUCUCAGAGUGUGA